CAGCGUGGAAUUGGCCUGCCAUCCAAUCAGCGUGGGACUAGCCUGUCAUCAUCAUCUCCUCAACGUUGACACAAUGGCGGUAUACAGCAGCUGCUCACUUUUUGUGAUUGAUAAAGAAAAGUUAAAUUGAGUGGACUGACUGACUCUCGGCGCUGCUGUGGAUGUGGACCGGCUAGUGGAACUGCUAUUCUACCCGAGAGGUUAAGACGAUGGAAAAUGGUGAUGACUGUGUCCGGUUCCGCCGCCAAACUUUUCCGAAAAUGCCCUCUUCCUCAGACUUGGAUAGCUCGGUAAAUGGCGAGUGCAGUCAGGCGAAACACGAUCAACAUCCUAAUGGAGAGAGUCACGUCACUAGUAAAGGUAAAAUUGAAGUGGAGCAGGUGAUCAGCAAGAAGCUUCAACUGAAAAGGAAAGCGGAGCAUCUUAAGCGGGAGCUGUUGCGUGAGCUUGACAACCAGGUCAAUGACUGUAUGGACAGUCUUAUCGAGGAAUCAGCCAGCCUGGAUUGUGCGCCCCCGCCUCCUGUCUUCUCACCCUCUCUGUUAGACAAGAAAAUGAGCAGACUAGGGCAUUUCCAACCUCCUCAUGGACAAGGCAAGCAGUUUGUCAGCCGCAGGUCCCUCCUGGAUGAGUUAUUCGAGGUGAACCACAUCCAGACUAUCUACCACAUGUUUAUUGCUCUGCUCAUUCUCUUUAUCCUCAGUACACUGGUGGUUGAUUUCAUUGAUGAAGGAAGACUGGUGCUGGAUUUUGACCUGCUGGUCUAUGCGUUUGGACAAUUUCCUUUGGUGGUGUGCACGUGGAUCUGUAUGUUCCUGUCUGUUUUAGUGGUUCCCUACACCCUGUUCCACUUGUGGAUGCAGAGUCAGGCUGGCUCUUCCAGUCACCAUAGGCAAUACAGUUUUGUCUUUGGCUCCAUGUUUCUUCUCUACCAAGCUUUGGCCCUUGGUUUUCUGCCCACAUAUGUGGCAGUUGUGAACAGUUUACCGCCAGCCUCAUGCUUCAUCAUCAUUCUGGAACAGGUGAGACUCAUGAUGAAAGCCCACUCCUAUAUAAGGGAGAAUGUCCCAAAGGUCCUGGCCUGGGCUAAAGACAAGACCGGCCCAGGCCCAGUGGUGCCUCAAGUUUCUCAGUACCUCUACUUUUUGUUUGCACCCACGCUUAUCUAUAGAGAUAAAUACCCAAGGAACCCAACCAUAAGAUGGGGCUAUGUGGCCUCAAAGUUACUACAGGUACUCGGCUGUCUGUUUUAUGCGUACUAUGUGUUUGUGCGGCUCUGCAUCCCUCAGUUCCGCAGCAUAAGUCUUCAAUUUUUUGACCUGAGAGCAAUGGUGCUAUGUGUCUUCAAUUCCAUUUUGCCUGGAGUGUUGAUUCUCUUUCUGGGGUUCUUUGCCUUCCUCCACUGUUGGCUGAACGCAUUCGCAGAGAUGCUUCGUUUUGCUGACAGAAUGUUUUACAAGGAUUGGUGGAAUUCAACAUCUUUUGCCAACUACUACCGUACUUGGAAUGUAGUCGUUCAUGACUGGCUGUUUCGCUAUGUGUAUUGGGACUUCUUGUGGAUCUCCCAGAAGCGCUUCAGACCAGCGGCCAUGUUGUUUGUGUUUACAGUGUCUGCAGUCGUCCACGAGUACAUCCUAGCAAUCUGCUUCGGCUUUUUCUACCCAGUCCUUUUCUGCUUGUUCAUGUGCUUUGGGAUGAUGUUUAACUUCAUCCUCCAUGACCAAAGGAAAGGUCCCAUCUGGAACAUAAUCAUGUGGACAUCGCUCUUCUUAGGUCAUGGAGUUAUCAUCUGUUUGUACUCUCAGGAGUGGUAUGCCCAGCGCUACUGCACCCUAAAAGAGCCUUCCUUCCUUGAGUUACUACAACCUCGGUCGUGGAGCUGCAAGAGAAGUUUGGUGGCCAACUAACAAGCUGUGACCUGAACUGUGAACUGUGACCCAUCACUAUCACGCCGACCAGCCUUUCAGUUACUUGCCUGACAUUUGGUAUUUUGCACUACUGUCCAUAUUCUGCAAAUCACACUGAUUCCUUACUUUCAUGUCUGCUUCAACCUGGAAGGAAAAAAAGCGUUUUUUUUUUUUUACGUUACCUGAGCUUACAUGUGCCCACUACUUAUUUUGCAACUUUGUAAAUCCCUUUGACUUGAUCUGCUUUGAGGUUACGCCUUGUGCCAAUAGGGAGAGGGGGCAAUCAUGAGGCAACUGAAUACAGUCAUUAUGCACACACACACACGCCAUUUACACAUGCAGUUAUAGUUAAUAUUUAACAAAACCUGCAUCCUGUCCUAAAGGUGUUGGUCUACUGAAUUCCAUGAAACAUGUAUGUGUCAUUCGAGCUGAACUUGCUUGAUUGUAUAUUGAGCAUCAUUAAGAAUGCUUCAGCUGCACCAAAUUAAUUGUCCUUUAUAUACGUAUGUGCUUGCAGACUGUCAGCGCAGUUAAAAGCUUUUACAGUAUUGAUGCUUACUCUGUAACUAUUCCCACUAAAAGAAUGAUCUUUUGCAUACAGUACCUACAGUUAUACACAUUUCGUAAGGACAUUGUCAUUGCCAAUUGCGAUGGAUGUAAUGUAUCUGUAAAUAAGAUGCCAUAUUCCAAGUUUAAAGAGCUAUGCAAUAGUUUUCACUGUGAGCAAUAUUUGACCACAAGGUGGCACUGUACUAUAAAAGUUUCAUUCUCUCGACUGGUGCAUUGGCGCGUUCAUUGACAAAUUCGAGCCACUUACAGUUUUUCAUGCAGUAUUUAUUUUUCACAGUUUGUA